AUGGCGCGGCUAUCUGAGGAGGAGCGCCAGGUGCUGGGCACGGCGGGCGCGCUGCUGGGCCUGGCCAGCGGGGACCGGAGUUCGAUCACCGCCCGGCUGGCCGAGUGCGGCAGGUUCGCCGGGGCAGCGGUCAACAUCGUCGCUAACAUCCUACUGGUCGCCACCACCGGCGUAGAGCUCUUCACCGACAGGUCGGAGGAAACAGAGAGGGCCUCCAUCACCGCCUUCCUCUUCUCCGUCUCCAUAAUCAAUCUGAUCAAGGCGCUGUCGCUGGUGCGGCAGCGGUGGCGCCUGCGCCGUCUCGUGGCCAGCCUGGUGGACAUCCGGAGGAGUUUCCGGGAAGAGGAGGGCACCCGCCGACGCUACGCCCGCCAGGCCGCUGUCUUCGGCUUCAUCUGGCUGGUGCCGGCGGAGAUGCACUUGACAUUCUGGUGCCUUGACCCGCUGAUCAGCCAUGCACUGAGCAGCGCGGAUCAAGAGCCCCAGCUGCCGCUGCCUGUUUGGCUGCCUUUCAACCAGAGCGAUCCAUCAAACUACGGGUUCCUCUGGACGCUGGAGUCCUCGAUGAUAGUAAGCGGCGUGCAGCUCUCUCUCUUCAUCGACGUCGUCUUCGUCACUCUCAUCAUAAGCGUCACGGCCGAGAUACACGUCCUCAACAGCAACAUUCAGAGUGUGUGA